GAACUCAGUGCCAACAGUGAGAGACGCGCUGCCGAGCGCUGCGCCUGCGCACACUUUCCAGCGAAACAAACCUAGCAGUGCGGUCAAACCAGAUUGUGAUAUACGUAAUUAAAGUGCCAAAGUAUUUUAGUUCUUAGUAUUCAUGCAAAUUAUACUUAGUUACUUAGUGAGAAUAAGUGAAAGCAUUGGACAUCACUGAUUAUUUUUAAAAUAGGUAUUUACGUUUAUUCCACUUCUAAAUUUAUGAGUAGAAAUAGCGUGUUAUUUAUAAUUAGUUGGCGUGUAUUUUUCCACUAUAAGUACAUGAGUUGAAAACAUCGUAGCACCAGCGCCACAGCUAUUCAGCCAUAAAUAAAUCAUCACAAUCAAUCUGCAAUGGAUUCGUAUAACAAUGAUAUGACAGAUUCAACAAUAGAGCCCGCAGUGUCAAUGACAGUGCUGGAGGAUAGCCCCACGCUGACGGCGGCCACCAUCGCGGGCGUCACGGUCGUGGUGCUGGUCGCCAUUGCUGCGGUCUUCUUCCUCGGCGUGCUGCUCGACUGCCGGCAGCAGCGACGACUAGAAAAGAAGAUGGGAGAGGUGAAAAAACUGAAGAAUCAGCGGCGGAUCAACACUCACACAGCCAUCGAUGAGAUCAGUAUAGCGGACAACAUGGAGCAAGCGGAGUCGAGUGUUGCGCCUGCGCAGGUCUUGGCUACCAUACCAUGACUUAGUGUUUUCAUUUUAGGAUCUUAUGUACAAGUACCUAAUUCGUAUAAAUUAAGUUUAUUCAGUAAUGUUUCUAUGUUGUAAAUAUUUUAUAUUGUACAAAAUUCUGUCUCUUCUAACUCCGUAACAAUUUAUAUUCUAGUAGCGUAAAUACCGAUAUUUACGCUACUAGAAUAUAAAUUGUUCCACACAUACGAUUUGUGUGCUGAUCUGACAUUCCAUUAGGUAAUAUCAUUUCGAUUUCAUUAUCAACAAAUUCCGGAACUCAGUUAAUCCGCAAAUAUAAUAUCUGGACUUAAGUUCUUUAACUUACCUUAGGUUUUUAAAAAUGCCAUUUAAGUAUUUCAUUCCAAUCCAUUUAUAAGUACUUAUUUAUUUAUUUAUUAAUGUCAACGUUGUAUUUGGUAUCCUAAAAAAUGUAUUCAUUGUAGAUAGAUACUUGAAUUCAGAAUUGCCUGAAAGAUAAGUUGCUUUGCCAAGGUUAUUCAUAAAAAAGUUAAAACAUACUUUAAGUUAAGAAAUGUUUUGUCACUAUCGCACUUUAUAAUAUUUGAAAUUGUCAGAAAGAGACAGACAUAUUUUAGUUUAAUAGUAUGUUUCAACUUUUUUACGAAUAACAGGGUUAGUUAACAAAAUAUAAAAUCGAACAAAUGUAAUAAAUAGUCCCGCGCAGGGUUUCGAAAAAAAAAUAGAUAUUUCGCGCGGAGGCUCCUCUUAACUUUUGUAAAGAAUGAUCGGUCAAACACAAAAACUAUCCACUUAUGUUACACAUUAGGUACAUAAACACAUAAACAAUAAACAUAUUAUUGCAAUUAUAAGGUAUUUAAAAUCAACUCAACCGUCUGUACUAUCUAGAUGUGCUAUAUAAAUUACAAUAAGGUCCACACCUCAUAGCUACAUAGGCUGCUAUUUAUGUAUCCGGAACUGGCCAAUAAUUCUAGAAUAUUUAAAAAGUAAUUACAACAUUUGAAAAUAGAACUCUUCGGCUAGAGAAUAAAUAUUUUUCAUGUCCCUGUCAUUUGUUUUUUUUCAAUUGGCGCCAAUUUUGAAAAUAGCUUGUCUUCAUUGCCAUGGAUUUAACUCGUGAACAUUUUCGCGCGAUGAUUUAUUAUGAUUUUCGGCGUGGAUUAACUCAAAAAUAGUGCAUCGAACAACUGAUUUUAACUUUUGGAGAUGAAGCACCAUCGAAAACCACUGUGUAUUAUUGGUUUAAGGAAUUUCAACGUGGACGGUCUAUGCUCACGGAUGAAAUUAAGGAGGGUCGUCCUAAAUCGGUAGUGGUACAACAAAAUAUUGAUGCUGUGCGACAAUUAGUAAUGCAAGAUCGUCAUGUUACAUACCGCGAGAUAGAGGCGUCUCUGGGCAUUAGUAUGACGAGUAUACACGCGAUAUUACACGAACAUUUAAUUGUUAAAAAAAUUUGUUCGCGUUGGAUUCCGCACAACUUGAGCGUAGAUCAAAAACAGGCUCGUGUCGACUGGUGUAAGAAAAUGAUAAAAAAAUACAACCGUGGCACGUCAAAAGCUGUUUAUAAUAUCUACACAGGUGACGAAACCUGGAUCUAUGCUUAUGACCCUGAAACUAAACAGCAGUCAACGGUGUGGGUCUUUCAAGAUGAACCGAAUCCAACAAAAGUUGUUCGUGCGAGAAGCACUUUAAAGCAAAUGGUCGCUUGUUUUUUUGGUAUCAACGGACAUGUAGCUACAGUGCCACUAGAGAAUAGUAGGACGGUUAAUUCUAAAUGGUACACCACCAUUUGUUUGCCAGAAGUCUUUGAAAAAAUACGAAAGAACAACCCACAACGCAGAAUCAUACUUCAUCACGACAAUGCUAGCUGCCACAAGUCGGCUGAAACAAAUAAUUUUUUGGAGGGUCAAAAGAUUGAAUUGACGGGUCAUCCGCCGUACAGCCCCGACCUGGCACCCAAUGAUUUUUAUUUAUUUCCAAACAUUAAAAAUAAAUUACGUGGUCAACGUUUUUCGAGCCGCGAAGAGGCCGUUGAUGCGUUCAAAACACACGUUUUGGACAUACCUCAAUCAGAAUGGAAAAAGUGCUUUGAAAAUUGGUUUCAUCGUAUGCAGAAGUGCAUAGAUCAUCGCGGAGAAUACUUCGAGAAACAAUAAAACCAUAUGUAAUAAUAUAUGUUUGUUUAAUUUUGUUAUUCCGGAUACAUAAAUAGCAGCCCUCGUAUUUAUAGUUAUAGGCCUUGAAUAUCAUGUUUUAUAAAAUCGGAUUGAUAUCUCUUUUAUGUUUUGAUUUAUUAUGUACAUUAAAUUGCACAUAUUAUGACGAAGCCAACACGCAGGAGCCGAACCCGAUGAGACGUUAAAUUUUAAUUGAACGUAAAUUAAUACAAGGUCUUCUACUCGGUGAUAAUACUAAUAAAAUGUUGUUACAUGGUUGAACCUAAGUAUAUUUUUUUGUAAUAGUAACAUUUUUACAUCCAAAUUUAAAAUUACACCCUACUGCAUAGGUCAUAAUCAAUGAACCAGUGAAAAAAUAUAUUUGCAUUAAUAAAUUAAAUCUUAACUUGAGCGAGUAAAUGUUACUUUAGGAGACUGAUAAUCUGGUUUUAUAGAUGAAGAUCAAUUAUAGACUUUAGUAGAAGUUGUUUGUAAUCUCAGCGUCGUUAUUGGAAAAAUAAUAUUGCUUCGAUUUAUAUGCAAUCAUAAAAAUAUUUUAUAAAAAUGUAAAAAAAAAAAUACAAAAAAUAAAGAUAUAUGAAAUAGU